UCGCAAGUUGCAGGCAGCGCACGCGGACGCGGCCGUCCAACUUUGACCACUCUCGCUUGCUCCGAGCGAGCACAGACAAAGAGUAAACCAGGCCGGGGAGCUGUCGCAUGAGACCGACGCGCAGCUGAGCUAGAGACAGCUCGAGCUCGACCAUGGAGAAGCCGAGCAGCAGGCGCUGGAGCAGUGGCGCCGUCGUGGAGGCUGGCGGCCACGAGGAGAAGCUGCCCCUGCGCGGUGGCCUGGAGCUUCACGCCCACGGCCACGCCGGAGAGCAGCAGGAGGCGGGGCGAGGCAGGCACCGGCGCAGCUGCGUGCGCGCCGGGCUGGUGCUCUGCCUGCUGACGCUCCCGGCCAUCGUCCUGCUCCUGCAGCGGUGGCGGACAUCCUCCUCGCCGGACUGGGUCUUCGACGUCGACCCCCCGAUGGAGGACGACGACGACCAAGAUAUAAAGGAUGGUGUGUUUGAUGAUCUAUCUCCAUCAGCACAAAUUGAGUAUGACAGACUUCUUGGUGGCCUUCUGAUUGAGGGAUUUGAUGAAAGAUCCUGUCGCAGCAGGUACCAAUUUGCACGUUAUCACAAGUCUGAAAGAAUACCUUCUCCAUACCUCAUAGAAAGGUUAAGGAGACAAGAAGCACUACAGAAGAAAUGUGGCCCAGGCACCAAAUCAUACCGCAGUGCUGCAGAACAGAUAAGGUCCGGUCAGAGCAUCAACAGUACAAAGGAUUGCAACUAUGUCUUCCUGAUAAUCCAUGCUGGGUUAGGGAACCGGAUGCUUGAGAUAACUUCAGCGUUCCUGUACGCGCUUCUGACAGACCGGAUUUUGCUUGUGGAUCGUUACAAGGAGAUUGGUGACAUUUUCUGCGAGCCUUUCCCUGGAACUUCAUGGUUAAUUCCUUCUGAUUUCCCUCUGAGCUAUGAUGAGUUUACUCUGGGUAGUCCUGAGAGCUAUGGCAGCAUGUUGCAGAAUAAUGUUAUCAGUGGCAACAUGUAUCGGUCUUUAGCCAGUGCUAAGCCUCCCUAUGUGUACCUCCACCUUGAUGGUAACUACGGUUUCCAUGACAAGCUUUUCUACUGUGAGGACGACCAGCAGUUCCUAAAAGGUGUUCCGUGGCUGAUCAUACGAACUGAUAUGUACUUUGUUCCAUCGCUGUUCCUUAUUCCAAGUUACCAUGAGGAGCUCAGCAAGCUAUUUCCUGAGAAAGACACUGUUUUCCAUCACUUGGGGCGCUAUCUUUUUCAUCCGACAAACGACAUUUGGUAUUCAGUGAUAAAGUACUACAGGACCUACCUUGCUAAAGCUGAUAAGAUAGUGGGAAUUCAGAUCAGAGUAUAUGAGAAAAAGGGCAUCUUGCAAAGAAAUGGCCCAUUUCCACACAUUUUAGAACAGAUCCUAUCAUGUUCCCAGAAUGAAAAGCUGCUGCCAGAAAUUGCUGGGACUGAUAAAGCAGCGACUACGGCUGGGAAUAACAGGACAGUUGCCGUUCUUGCAACUUCCUUGAGCUCCUGGUACAGUGAUGAGAUCCGGAAAAGGUACAGCAAGCACCGGACUGUCGAUGGCACCACCGUCAAAGUUUACCAACCGAGCCAUGAGGAGUACCAGAAGUCGAGGAACAGGAAGCACAACAUGAAGGCACUGGCCGAGAUCUACCUGCUGAGCAUGAGCGACGAGCUGAUCACCAGCGGCUUCUCCACUUUUGGCUAUGCCGCGCAGGGCCUCGCCGGACUGACACCGUGGAUCAUGUACAGGUCGGUGAACCACGUCGUGCCGGACCCCGUGUGUGGCCGCGCCAUGUCCAUCGAGCCGUGCUUCCACCAGGCUCCCUUCUACGACUGCAAGGCGAAGAGGGAUACUGACCUGGGCAAGGUGGUGCCUUACGUGAAGCACUGCGAGGACGUCAGCUGGGGGCUGAAGAUUGUAAACCGAACUCGGUUGUAGCUGGUAUUCUUCGCCAUAACACAUUUGUUUGCUAAAAAUAGGGUAGAUUUCUUUUUACAAGAAAAUUGUGCUAGAAAAGUAAAUUUUUUUUUUUUUUGCUUUCUGCAUUUGAUCCAAUUGUAGAUAGUUGAAAAACAGAUCACAAAUAGCAACACAAUAGACAUGGUCUUCUAUACCAUUCUUA